AUGGAUGGGCUGAAUGUUUCAGACGUCAACUUGCAAGUCCAACUACAUCCAUCAAGGAGUAACAAUGUGCGUAAAGCAGUCCUACGCGAGCUUAGCUCUCUGCUUUUAAGGUUCAAUGAAAAAUUUCAGGGUGUCGUAUUGGCGUAUGAAUUCAACAUAGACAAGGUUCCAGAAAUCCUUCCCAGUAUGCAUCCUUAUUUGUAUGUCAGACUAAAAGCAAAGUUGUUACUUUUUUCUCCAAAGCCCGAUAUGCUUUUAGAAGGAAAGGUAGUGAAAGUCAGACAAGAAUCAAUUCAUGUCAUUAUCCUUGGCUUUUCAUCAGCUAUUAUAACAGACAAGGAUAUUCGCGAAGAAUUUCAGUAUAAAACUAAACAUGGCAAGGACUUAUUUGUUAGCAGAUCUCACAAGCGACAUGUAAUAAAAGCUGGAACCAUGAUACGCUUAUUAGUCAAAAGUGUGGAUGAGGAAACAUUAUGCAUUUCUGGUUCUUUGCUUCCAGCUCACACUGGGAGCAUUCUCUGGUUGGAUAAACAUGUGGAAAAUGUUUCACUAACGGACGGGAGUAAUAAGAGGAGGAGAGGAAACGAGGAAGAAUCAGUUAUGCAAGAGCCUAGUAGAACCAGUGCCGAAGCAUAUUCUAUGGUUGACCAUUAUAUCAAGAAGUCAAAGAAACACAGAGAAUCUGCUACGCAAAAGCCUAGCAGGAGCGAAGCAUAUUCUGCCAUUAGUGACCAUUCAAUCAAAAAGUCAAAGAAACACAGAGAAUCUGCUAUGCAAGAGCCUAGUAGGAGCGAAGCAUAUUCUGCCAUUAGUGACAAUUCGAUCAAGAAGUCAAAGAAACACAAAACAAGAGAAGAGUCAUGA